GGUAAGACUGGUGAACAAAAGUUAAAACAAUUAUUCAAUUAUGAAUAUUGGAAUGUUCAACAAAAUCCAAAAUUAAAAACUAAAGGAUACGUUUUAUUUAUAGAUAAUGAGAGUUCUUAUGAAGUUACCUUUAGUUGGUCGCAAUCAGAGUUAAAAAAGAAUGAUUAUACUUUUCAAUGCGGAACCGCUACUUGUAAAUUUGUAGCAAAUUCUGGAGAAUUUUUUGAACC